UUAGAAUGUGUGUUUUUGUCUGGUUUUCGCAUUCGCAUUCUCACUUCCUGUCUUCUCCUUCCAACUCUUUCAGGCAAAUCAACGUGGGAUGGACCAGUCAGCACCCCAGGGGCGCACACAGCAAGUCCCACAGAUUGUGCGUCAGAACUCCCUUCCCAUAACUCGUAAUGUGCUGCCAUCUCAACCUUGCACGUCACGAAAGUUGGACACUGUUAGUCAGCAGAAAGCGCAUGUGACUGGGAGACCUUCACCCAUCAGUAUCCCCAGUGCAGGACCUCAACAAUGUGCAGCAGGCGGGAAGGAGAAAGAGGCGGUGGUAAAUGGGAGGGAUGGGAGGCAGGAACAGGGAGGACGUCAUGGAAUGGCAGCAAGUUCGUUUUCGCCAACUUCGCCAUCGCCAACGUCUCUGAGAUCGACUGCAACAACAUCCUGGGCGCGGCGAAGAUCGACAGGCUGUACAUCAAGGCCACUCGCUAGGACCAACAGCACGGAUUCUGUUCAAGGAAGAAACAAGAAGGUACAGGCUGAGGCGCAGAAAAAAGCGAGUAAGAGCGACAGCCGGAGAGGAGCAGACAAUUCCAUGAGAGAGAGUCUAGAUACGUUCCGCCUCUCCGCUUCAUCUGCAACAUCGUCAAACAGUGCGGAUACGACCUUGGAUGUCAUGUCGGGGCAAUCGUUGCAAAACCGGAGCACUGGAAGUAGCUGUGGUGCACAGGAGGGAGAAGUCAAGGUACUCGCUGGAGCAACUCAAGAGGAGGAGGAGCUCAGCGUAACGGCUCAUAAUACCUUCGAACAUGUAGAGGACUGCGACGUGGUGAUGCUAGUAGAAACAUUGUCGCUGGGGUCUAAGGACGACAAUGACCAGAAUGUAAGCUCCUCGGAUGGAUCCGGUACCUGGAGGAGUUCUGCCAGGAGUGGCAACGUAAUGGAGGACAAGAACAAAUGUGGAGGGGAGGGGAGAAGGGAGGAGGAUGAGCACGAGGAUGCAGAUUAUGUGGCAACAGAAAACAAUGGCUCUGUCAUUUCUGACUGGCACGCGGGGAAUCAAGAUGAUGGAGAUAGAGGCAGGCUGAGGCAGAAAGCUCCUAGGAAAGUGGAGCCUGUUAGAUCAAGAGCUCCGGGAGAGACUGGCAAGCGAAGGCGAUGGGUUUAGCGACUGACUCUGUCUAUAUGUC